GCCAGAGCGGCGUCGGGGCUCCGGAGGCCGUGAGCCCGGCGCUCGACUUGGCCCCAGACGCCUCCCCAGAAGCCUUCGUCAUGCGGGUGCUGCUGGAGGAGACCGGGGAGAUGUUCCAAGUGACAAACUGCCGCAGCGACAUGACGGUGCGGGAGCUCAAGGAGGAGCUGGACCUCACCGCCGGCAUCCCCUUGGACCUGCAGCGGCUCCAGUACCUGGACCAAGGAAUUUUGAUGGAUGAUACUACGUUGCAGUUCCAUGAUGUUGUUCCUGGUGGAAUUAUUUCAUUAUGUGUCUGGCGCCAUGAUGGAUGGACGGAACUGGUUUUGGCGGCUGUGGAAGGGGAUCCCAGUAAGAAAAGCUAUUUUCUCUCUUCAAAACACCGACAGGAAGAACUUCCUGCCUCCCGAGCCUGCCCGAUGCUCUCCUGCCUCGGUGUCGACGAAGAUUCUCUUUACCAAACUGCAAAUUCGCAGCGUUUGGAACACAAGCAGUGGAAGGCCUGGAUUGCUCACAGAGCGUUCGUGGCCUUGUAUAUUACCUCUCACAGAGGCCACUCGGACGCCGUGCAGUACCUUCUAGAACAUGGGGCCAGCUGUCUCAGCCAAAGCCCCAUGGGCAGGACAGCCUUGCAUGUGGCCGCAGCCAUGGGCCGUCUGGACUGUAUCAACCACCUGCUGAACCAUGGAGCCUCCAUCAAUGAAAGAGAUGCCAGGGGGGAGACCCCCAUGUCCCUCGCCCGGCGCCUGAACCGCAGGCACAGUGAGCAGCGCAUGUUCCUCUUCUACUGGAUGGCGAAGUCAGGGACAAAAGACCCAAAGAACUUGACCAAGAACAAGGUUCUUCUCAGGGCAAAGUCCAAGUCAGGCUCCAAGAAGAGCCAAGUUUGACUCCCUCUGGGAAUGUCUGCACCUCGAGGGUGACCUGGGUAACUUUCCAGAGUUCAAAUCCACAGUGGCCCUUGGGGAGCAGGAAGCCAAGAAAACGUGGCAAUUAAUCUGAAUCAGAUACUAAAUUAUCUGUCCUGUUUGCAAAUGAAUCGGGGAGGGUGCUGGUGGAGGUAGGUGAGUUUGUGUUCAUUCUGUAAUCCAUUAUGGACCGAGCGGGCUCAGAUGCCAGCCGUUAAUUUUAAGCUAUUUGAACAUUGUAUCCAGUAACGCGGCUUGGGGUGAUGGGAGCCAAUUACCUUCUCGCGUCUGGAGACCAUCUAAUGCAUCAGCAUAAUAGAAGUAAUAGCAGUGAUAACGGUACUGCUGCUAUUGCCAUGCACAAGUGCUGGCAAAUGUCGGGGGGUCCUGCGUGGGGUGGGCUCUGAAUUUCAGUCUGUAAAGCUCAGGAACUGUGUGCUACGUGCUGCCGCAGCGAGUGAUGUUCCAGAAGUUUUCCCGAGCCAUCUCUGAGGGGUCUGCUGCUUGAAUUGUGGCUUGGGGGAUAGGGGACUAGAGAAGCAGAGAGAGCUUGGUUCUCCGGUCACGUCCUCUACUGGGGUGCCUUAUUAGUCUUGGUUAGAGGUGAUAAGUUGCUGUUGGAUUUGGGAGAGACCAUGUCAAGGACGACGAUGAGCUCGAAGAGGAGAGAAUCAGAGCUGGCACC